AUGACAAAUUACCAUAAACUAGAUCCCCCAAUUAUUGAAGGUAAUAUGGAGGCAGCAAGAGCAGUGGAUUUAAUCCCAUGGAUGGAGUAUGAAUUUCGGGUGGUAGCAACCAAUACAUUGGGUAUAGGAGAGCCCAGUAUACCAUCGAACAAAAUUAGAACAGAUGGUGCUGCACCAAAUGUGGCACCUUCAGAUGUAGGAGGCGGGGGUGGAAGCAACAGAGAGCUGACCAUAACAUGGGCACCUUUGUCAAGAGAAUACCACUAUGGCAACAAUUUCGGUUACAUAGUGGCAUUUAAGCCAUUUAAUGGAGAAGAAUGGAAAAAAGUUACAGUUACUAAUCCAGACACUGGCCGAUAUGUUCAUAAAGAUGAAACCAUGAGUCCUUUCACUGAGUUUCAAGUAAAAGUUAAGGCCUUCAACAACAAAGGAGACGGACCUUACAGCCUUAUAGCAGUCAUUAAUUCGGCACAGGACGCUCCCAAUGAAGCCCCAACAGAAGUAGGUGUAAAUGUCUUAUCAUCUUCUGAGAUAUCUGUUCAUUGGAAGCAUGUUGUAGGAAAAAUAGUGGAAAGCUAUCAGAUUCGGUACUGGGCCGCCCACGACAAAGAAGCAGCUGCACACAGAGUUCAAGUCAACAGCCAAGAGUACUCAGCCAGGCUGGAGAACCUUCUGCCAGACACGCAGUACUUUAUAGAAGUCGGGGCUUGCAAUAGUGCAGGGUGUGGGCCUUCAAGUGACGUGAUCGAGACCUUCACCAAGAAAGCACCUCCCAGCCAGCCUCCAAGGAUCAUCAGUUCAGUCAGAUCUGGUUCACGCUACAUAAUCACCUGGGAUCAUGUCGUUGCACUAUCAAAUGAAUCUACAGUGACAGGAUACAAGGUAUCUAAAAGAUUGCUAGAUUAUUCUUCACACAAGCUUCAUUCUUAUGAAGAGCGAUUAGUGUUUACAAUUUUUUGCUGUUUUGGCAAAAACAUUUCAGCUUCAUUAUUCUGCCUGUAUAGCAGAUCAGAUAGCAUAAUGCCAUGA